CGAGACGUUGGUGUUGCGUUGGUGUGCCGUCAGCUGGGUAGUGAAGCUUUGUUGAAGGAAACGUGCCACGCCCCCUUGCCUGCCGCGGUGCCUCCUUCCUCACGCAGGCAUAGGAUGGUUACUGGGGGAACUUGGGUAGAGUCCUGAAUUGCCCAUGAAGGAAGUCCGAAAGAUACGUGUGAGGAACUAAUGAAAGGUCCACUCGUGCAUCAAUAGUGUGGGGACAAGGGGAGGAGGAGAAGGAGGAGGAGGAGGAGGAGAAUGGGAGGAGGAGGGAGUACGAAUCUGACAUCCUCAACAAAUUCACCGUUGCGCCCCGGAAAUGAGGCCUCUGUCAUGGUGUUUACGUGUCACUGAGGAGCAGAUGAGCCAGUGGAAGGAGGAAGUGCGAGAAAAGUGGUGGUGGUGGUGGUGACAGAAGUGCUGCAAGUGUGUUGGAAUGGAAGGAGGUUUGGUGGAGACUGAUGUGGAUGAAAGUGAAGUCGGGACGAGAACUGUGUCGUGGACGAGAGGCGAAUGCGGGGCAGGUGCGAAUACUGACGGCUCGCGUGACCAGCUGGAGGCGACGGGAGUGACGGGAGAAGUGAGAAAGUAGGGCAGAAGAAAGAAGGAUAGUGAGAAGAAGAAAGAGACGAAAAGACAGUGAAGUCACCAUGCCGCAGACAGCCAAGAAAGCCCUCAAGGUCACCACGGAGAUCGACAUCCACGCGGUGUCGUGUCCCGGUGUAUGGCUGCCGGGGAGGGGCCGCUGCUCCCUCUCCCUGUGUCUGCUCGGCUUCCACACGCGAACCAACAAGCUGCCCCCGGUCUUCCCGCUGCUCUACCACGAAAAGUUCAAGUUUGAGAGGACCUUCGUGGGCGUGCGUAACCUGAGUGUGCUGGAGCGAGUGUUGGAGGCGGAGACGGUGUACUUGGAGUUGGUGCAGGAGGAGCCUUCGGGGGAGACUGUGCUGGCUGUAUUCGAGUCCUCCGUCAGGGACCUCCUCUUCCCCAAGCCAGCGGAAAGGUUGUCUUACUCCGGCGUGGACCUCGACCUGCUCAUGGAACCGACGCGAGAUUUUCCUGGCAUCAUCUCGCCCAAGAUAGAGGUGUCGACCAGGACCAGCGUGAGUGAGACGCGGACGCCCCUUCAUCAGUGCAGCCAGGACACCGUCAGCUUCGGCCACGCCCACAACAAGAACACGAAGGCGGUGUUCCGUGCCAACUCUCCUGACGAAGGGAGGAAAGGGGAAGGGGCGGGAGGAGCUACAGGAGCGUCCAGCCCAGAGGAGGAGAGCGCACCCGCCCACAGGAGUCCCCGAAGAGGGGAGACAAGUGUGCGAACUGUGGGUGGCGGCGGCGGUGGUGGCGGUGGUGGUGGUGGAGGAGGUAGUGGCGGUGGCGGUGGCGGUGGCGGUGGUAGUGGUGGUGGUGGAAGAGAUGACGGACACAAACCUCGCUUCGUGUAUCGGAAAGCUGACGAUGAUCUCCUGUCCCGCCUACCGCCCUCCUCCCCCUCCCGCAACACCAGGUACCUGGGCAUUCCUAGUCGCUACCUGUCUCGCAGUGCCGGGAACCUGUCAGACCUUCCUCGCACCGCCAUCACCAGCAGGUACGGCAGCCAGCGGAGUGGGCGUGGCCUUGCGAGGGCGGCGAGUGAGGCUGACGGCGGGCGCAGGGGCGUGGGCACUGGCGAGGAGGGCAGCAUGUAUAUCCACCCGAGGAGACGUGGCCGCGAGGACUUGGGACACCGCGCCCAUGUCACCGUGCUUGAUCCGGAGCGCUGUCCACACUGCGACGAGGAACACGGAGCCGAGUCUUGCACAACCUGCCGCACUUACCACCGCUACUUUCCACGCCCUUCCUAUCAUCGGCCGCGCGCUCACUCCCACGCUUACCACACCAACCGCCCGCACUCCGCCCUCAAGGUGCUCCGCCAGCCCGCCGCCAGGGAGAUGAGGCCGAGGAAACGCUACCUGGCGGAGAUUGAGGGCACGUUGCAAGGUGAGGGAGACAACCAGAACUCCAGAAGGGCCCGGUCACUGUCCCCGCAACGCCGCCCCACCUCUGCCCCGAUGAACCACCAGGAAACAAGCCCUCCGCGAAGCCCACCACGAGGACGCCCAAAUAGAGAAGCUGAGGAGGAGCUGUCUGACGAGGAAGAGGAGGCCGAAUCCAGGUCCCCGUCGAGGUCUCCGUCACCCCCCGCCAGCCAUGCCUCCGCCCCUGCAGCCAUGACCCGUCCCCGCCCCAGGUCAUACAGGAGACCCUUGACCCCCAAUGCCCCCCGCCACCACUAUUACGAUUCCGACGAGGACUCCGCCGAUGACCUGUACGUCCCCCCAAGGUACCACCGCCACCACUACUACCACCCGUGGGAGGACUGCCCGCUGUGUUACUCCCCUUACAUGCCCCGCUACCCGCGCCUCUCCCGCUGUGGCCUGUGUCACCUGGGAGACCGGUGGUGGUGUUCCAUGUGCUCCAGCUACUGUGGCUGUUCCUGCACUUACCACCUCAGAUGUCGUCCAUCUUCUUUCUGCCAUUCCAUUCAGCCUUAUGUCAAGUCUUACCUGAGGCGGCUGAGAGAGCUAGAUACUGCCACGGCAGAGCCCCUCAACCCAAGACCCAAGUCUGCAAAACCACUUAAAAAUGAUGCAGCCAAAGGUCAGGAUACAACGAGUGAGGACUCUGAGCUCUUUGAUACCUCCCAGGUGGAGGACAUCCAGGAGGGAAUGGACAGCAAGACUCCCAUGACGAAAAGAGAAAAUUGGCUCAAAGGGAAGAAACAGGCCAGAGGUGGAAGUGUGGAGGCCAAUGGAGCCAAUGGCACUGGUAGCCAGGAUAAAGAUGGCAAGAACAAUGCCAACUCAAGCUGAUGAUUUAUCCUGACUAGCUACACAUUCCUUUUUAUAUCUAAGGUAAGUGGAUGUCUUUGGUAGUAGCAGUGCUGAUGCUGUUGAUGGUUCUCCAACAUUACUCUGUUCAGCCAGAAAUCCUCACUUUUUGGCAUGACUUAAACUUUGUGUGUUGUAUUGUUAUAUCUUUUUUCAUUACACUUACACAGGUGUAUGUAUUGUGAUAGAAUAAUAUAUUGUAGAUUUUUAUCUUGUUCUAUAGGAUUUAUAAGAUUAAGAUGUUUAUAGUUUGAUAUUUAUAGGAGUAAGAUGUUUAUAGUUUGGAUCAUAAGAAAACCACUUCAUUUAUAUACUGUGAGUGAAAUAUGUGUUUUUAAUGAAUGAAAAUUACUAGUCUAUGUAAUGCCAAGGUCCAACAUUUAAAGAUCAUAAAUUUGCCUCUUAUAUUUUUUCCUGCAAUGAAUGCUGUCAUAAACAUUUAUGGACAUUGAACCACGUGAACAAAUCACUCGUAUAUUUAAUGGGAUUGAAUGUACUAUUAGUACAUAAUUUGUGGACACGUCCCUUACUGCAAAAGUGCUGAAGGCAACCUGCAUAUACCUUCCAAGUCAAGACCGUCAACCCACACUGUACCGCUAACCACUACACUGAAUGGCUUCAGCCUGUAAUGGUGUAACUCUGGUAGUGUCCUUUGUGGGAUUUCUGGAUUGUAAAGUUAGUUUGAGGCAUGCAUCAAAAGUAUACAAUUUUGAAGAGGAUCUCUGAGGAUACAUGUAGUUCUCAAGCUAUUAAGAAUCUUUCAUAAAUAGUUUAAUUUACCUUGAAGGCUUGAAGGAAUCAUCCAGUAAUUUACAGUUUUUACUUUUAUAUAUGAUUUAUCAUGUUAUAUUGUUGGUUAUGAGAUUAUCAAAAUUCAGAUGUUAUAUAUAAGGUAUAUUGAAAUUCUAGAAUUUUGAAAUUUUCCUGUAUAGAAGCAAAGUAACUGAUCUUGUAUAGUAUUGAGAUAAUUGACCACUGAGGGGAGAGCCUUGUCCUGUUCUAUUUCUAUGGUGUACCUCACACAUACAUAGUUCAUUGCUACUACAGCAAUAAUUUGUAUAUCAGCUGAUACCCUCACUGUCGACCAACUUCUCUCUUGUUAUCUGUUCUCAUUUAUUGUAACUUCUGGACUCAUCUCCUUGUAUUGUAUGCAAUAGAUAAUAGUGUAUACUGGUUACCUGCUUAGCAUAGAAAAUACUGUUCUUGUAUUCUGUGUUCAUGAUGUACAGAUAUUUAGUGCCACUAGCUGAGCUCUUUCCAAUGUCACUCACUGCCAAAGGUGUUCCAUUCGUUCCUGCUGUGAUGGGAAAAUAGUCGUAUAUCAUACUCUUACAAUAAAAGAGAAGCUUGCUGCACUUGUGUGUCACAUCACAACUGAAUCCAUCCAUAGGCCGGAUAGCCAUGUAGCACAGCUCGUUCUGGGAUAUUGUGGCGUCUCAUCACAACCAGCUACUGACCACUGGUUUCUGCUACCAUGGCUGGGGCCUCAACCCUUGGGAUGCAAUUCCUUCAGACUCCAACCUUUCCUACUUGUAUUGUCUGAUCUUCAUUAUACUGUACAUCAGACUUAAACCAUUUCCAUGGAACUGAGCAGAAAAUCUGGAAGCCAGUUAAGAGGAGAAAGAAACUAAGAAAUACCAAAUACUUGUAUAAUCAAUUCUUUGAUCAAAAAUAGUGUCUGCCACACAGGGCAAAUGCAUAACAAUGAGAUGAUCACAUGGCCUUAAAGGAAAUACAACAGGGAUAUGAUCAAUAGUUCUCCAUAUUAUAUCUUUAAACAGAACCUGUGAUAAUAAUAAAUACAGUAUCAAUCAGCAAGGCUCAAGGCAAGAGUACCGCAGUACAUGCUCGUAUUGUUUAAUACCCCGUAAAUAGUGAGGGAGACACCCGACUUGUAAAUCAACCCACCAAUGUGUGAUACUGAUAAAGCUAAUUACGUUAAUAAGCUAAUGAAGUGCACGUUCGCUAUUAAAAUUUUCACUAACCCAUGACUAACAAUUAACAGAAGAUUUAAAACCCUUGAAAAAUUGUCCUCAGUGACAAUUGCAAUGGAAAAAAUAACAUGUCACGGACUUGAAAUGCUUAAAAACACUAAGUCAAUGCACUUGUUGCCCAGACCCUCCUUGCCUCAUACAUUGGAGGCCAAACACUUCCAGCCUGUCAGCGCUGAUGAGUAGUGACAACCUUCCCCAUGGAACUUUGGUCAACUCUCUUGUUACUGAUAAACAUUUUGGGCACAUCACAUAAUGCAUCCUUAUCCUGUAUUAAACUGAACCAUCUCUAGAGCAGCAAAUUUAAAAUGAUGAGUAUGAUUAUCAAAAACAAAUGACAAUCCCAUCCCCCCCCCUGCUGUUGAUCCCUUUCCAUUCUAUGCAGGUGUCUCUUGUUCCAAAAGCUAACCACUCUAACUAAAGCUGUCUGAAGGAUACAGGGUUCCCUGGUGGUGUGACUGUCACUUACCAGCGCUGACAAAUAUACAGCCCAAGAGAGAGACAGAGGACUAGGCUUAAAAAAGUAGAAACUGCGGAUCACACCUUCGAGGAAAAGUGAGGGUCACUCGUAUGUCAAAGGAGAGGUUUUCAAGUCACCGAACAGUUAAAUUGAAAAAUGGCUGUUCUCUUUUUGUAACUGUGAAUGAAAUUCAUCACAUUAAAGAGCCACAGAGAAAAGACUAACUAUGGAAAAUAAAGGGAAAUUGUGCAAAAAAGAAUAGACACCUA